AGAUGUCCGCGCGGCACUACCGCUCACGUGACCCCGCCACAAAGAGGGUGGCCGGUUGCCUCGGCAACGGCCCGGGCGUCGCCACCGUCCCCUCCCGCUUACGGCACGCGGCGAGCGGCAGAAGAGGUCGGCGACGGGGAGCGGCAGAGCGCGCUCCUGCCCCGCUAUGGAGAGGCGGGGGCUGCAAGCGCCCAACGAUAACUCAGAAACUGAAGUGGAGGAGCCCAGCACACCACCAGCUGCUGAACCUUCUGAGGAACAGUCACCUAUAGUUGAACUGCCAGCAUCACUGGAUGACUUAUCUGUGGUUGAAACACCAUCAUCUGCAGACCAGCCACCUGUAGUAGAAUUGCCGGUGUCUAUAGAACAGCUGGUUGUUGAGAAAUCACCAGCAUCUGAGGACCAGUUACCUGUAUUUGAAUUUCCCUCAUCCACAGAGAAUUCACAUGGGGGUGAAUCAUCAGCGUUCCAGAAGCAUUUGCCAGCGGUUGAAUUACCUCUAUCUGAAGUUGAAUUGACAAAAUCUGGGUCCAGAUCUUGUCUGGCUGAAUCACUAGCCUAUGAGGACAGGUCAUCUGUAGCUGAAACUUCAUCAUAUGGCACCAAGUUCUCUGUGCUUGAAUCACCAGCACAUGAGAUCAGAUCAUCUGUGAGUGACUUGCCAGGUUUCAAAGUCAAGAUACACACAUUUGAAUCUGCAGAGGCUGGGGCCAAAACACCUGAGGCUGGGUCAUCAGCAUCUGUAGUCAUGCCAACAGAUAAUAUGAGUGAAAUAUUGGAGCAUUCAAUGGUGUACGAAGACCCCUUGGAAGUCUCCCUUAGGUACAUGGAGAAACAUAAUAUUCUGCAGAUAUUUCAGGAGAUCACAGAAAAACUGGUGUACAAGAAGCCCGAUGACCCCUUGCAGUUCAUGUUGCUGCAGGUAUGGCAUCUUGUUGGGGCUUCACAGAGACUGUCUGUUAGGGCUGCCGCAGAAAGCCAGCUUUGCCGAGCAUGCUGGAAACAUGGUGAACCCAUGAUUAUUUCUCUUACUAUGUGUCUGCUCACUUAGGAGGAGGAGGAGAAGGAGGAGGAGGAGGAGGAGGAGAAGGAGAAGGGAGACAGGGCAGGAGCAGAGUGCCUGGGGUGCAAAGACCCACAUGUGCUCCAAAGGGAGAGGGAGGAGAGGUAUGGGAGGAUGGGUAUGUGGAAGAGCCUAGGGCGGGUUGGGGUGGAUGUGCCCUGGAGACUCUAUCUGAGAGGUGAGGGGAAGUUUAGGGACAGAGGUAGGGCCUAUCUGUGUCCCUGCGCCCCAUCUCUAGCUCCUUCCUUCCAAUACUGGGAUGGAAUGUCUCUCCUGCCUGCCCACCCCUGCUCAAGAGAGCUGUCUCUGCUGAUCCUGGGAGAGCUUUAAAACACAGGAAAUUCAAAGUCUGUGGAGUGAGCAAUAGUUUGGGAGUGAAUUAGAGAGAAGGAGUAUGAGCAGCUCCUUGGGGAAAGGAGGUUAAAGGAAAAAGUGAAGCCAGAGAAACAGAGGGGAUCCUUUCUUUCACUGCCCUCAAGUCAGUCAGCACAGCCUCUGUGAUUUGUUGCUGGGUUUGCCUUGUACAGAAGUGUACAGAGCCUGCAGAGGGACGGCAAGGUCAGUUCUGGGCUUUGGAGGUAGGAUAUUAGACUCCCCAAAUGACCCUUUUCCUUUUACUCCUGCCCAGGUACAAUCUAUGAUAAAUGCCAGGCAGGCAGAAAUGGAGGGAAUGUUGGAGGAGGACGAAGAUGCGGAGGUGUUUUUUUGACAGGUCCUGUGCACUCCUUUUGGCCCCAACUGACCUUGCUAAUGUGGUGUUGCACAGGGCCUUGCCAGCACCAUGCUUUUGCAGUCUGUGGAAGUAACUUUGAACAAGCUUGCUGAUACCUCUGCUUCCUGGAUUCUCUAUUCUGUGUGCUGUGCUUCCAACCCUUGGGUUUAAAUCCUGCAACCAUGUAUUGAUUUGGAUGCACAAACUCCCUUAAAGAGCUCAUGAAUAUGUCUGCGUGUAUGGCACAUCUCGAGAAGGCAGGUCUGCUGAAUUCUUUUGUGGUUUAUACAUACAAAUGCACAAAUCCCACAUUUAGGCCACCCCUCGACUACUUUUCUGUGCAAAGAAACCUGGCUCAGACAAUACAAACACAAAAGCAAUUAGAAUUAAAAAGCAGCCCUGGAUGACCAAGAGCCCUUUUUCACGCUGCUUUGAUGGGUUACUAUCUCCAGCUAUGCAGUAGCUAAUGCCCAUCUAACACUUUGAAGUCUGUCUUGAGAGCAGCUGGGUCUGUGGUUCUCCCCCUGCCCUCAGAGCUCCUCUGAUGCAAGGAGCUGUCCUGGUACCUCUUGGUACCAGCUGCCUCAUCCUUAGUCAUCCCUGAUUUUUUGUGUUGCCCUGCCUGUAUCAUUGCAAGUAUAAGUGUAUAUUUUGAUAAACAGAGCUGUAAAGCAACAGUUGCAGGCACUCUGUGGCUUCAGAAGUCAUUGCCUCUCCAGAAUGUGGGAGAUGAAUAAAAGUAAACAAACCAAAAACAAGCUCUGGUAGGCCAGGAAAUUGAGAGAUAUAGUACACUUUGCAAACAUGUCAUUUGCACUGUCAUUAAUUCUCAGAACACUUAUGAUCCUCAUUUUCAUAGUAUCCAAGUGUCUGUGUCCACCCUCUAAAGGAAGUUUAUUUUUCUUUUCCUUGUCUCUCGCCUGAAGACUAUCGAAAUGUGCAAUAGAGCGUACUGGUAUUUUGGCUUCAUUUCUUAUGUAUGUGCAAUAGAUGCCAGAAAGCUGUUCUGUCACCACAGACUUUUCUCUUUUUUAGGCAAGUGCUCAAAUUCCAUGAUGGAUGGUAACGUGUUCCCAAAUGAUUGUCUCCAGGGCUAUGAAAAAAGCACUACAGAAACUUAUCUCCCAUCUAUCUGUUUUCAGUUAAAAGUCUGACAAUUAGGUUGUGUGAUACUCCAUGAUAGAGCUUAGUCCCAAAAAGUUUGGGAAACACUGAAGCAAGUAUUUGGUAUACAAAUUCUGUGUCUGAGAAGAGCUGCCUCUCUAUCCAAGGCUCUCAACAAAGAUUAGCUAACUCAUGUGUUUCCAGGUUAAAAGCAGGCAUCCCUUCCAAGCACCCCUGUCAUUCAUAGAACGGGAAGGUUUUCAAGCUACUGCAAGCCUGAAGAUACCUAAAGAUUGAGAUAAGAUCUUCAUGGGUUUUAUAACGGUUUUACUGUAGACUUAGGCAGCUAGGUCCCAUUGAAAUACUGAGAUGCUUUUGAAAGCCCUAAGUAUCUUCACCAAGUGGAAGAAUUGGACCCUUCAUGCAAAAAAGGGAGUGAUUGUUUUUCAGCCUGGUAUUUAAUUGAUCAAGGAUUUCUAAGUGGCCUUGUACAUGCACUCCCUGUGAAUGCAAGGAAAGUGCCAAUGCACCUCUGUAAAAGAAGGAGAAAUGAAUGGAAGAUGAUCAAUAUCACAUGGAGAUAUUGACUGAGGCCUUUUCAUGUCUAUGGUAUCUAGUCAACAUAUUUUCCGAGAGACAGAGAAGUUGGCAUGUCUUGAAUUUUGUUGUAGAACAGGAUUAAGGUGCUUUGGGGUACAGCCUUAGCUCUGAAUUUCCUAGUUUUCUAGGAAAUUCAUUUUGUGUGUUGUACUUUGUUAUUCUCUUUUAUUUGUUAAAACUUGUGAGCUGUGAUAUGUUGUCCCGAUCCAAUAUAUGGAAGGUUUCGUUACGAUCCCAAGGACGAGAUUAAGACGCUAAAACUGGUCAAAUAUCGUACAACCUUUUAGCUUUAUUUUCCACGAAGUGGGGAGAAAAGGUGAGGAAAAGCAAAGGAGAGGGGGAAAAGGGUAAGGGGAAAAGAUAGAGAAAGUUGGAAAAGGAGAAAAGAAACUAGCUACUGCCACUCCGAGUCCGAUGAUGUUCCGCUGACUCCAUUCAGGAUCUCCACUCGUCGCAAACAAGCCCCAUCCCCAUUCACACAGUCUGCAGUUUUUGUAGGUUCUUGCCCCACCUCUGGGAGGUGCUUCCUCACUUCCCAUGCAGAUUAGCUGUCGUGCGCAGUCCACCCUCUCGGAACCUUCCAGAAACGGGCUGGGGGCAUCUGGGGGGUCUCCUGCUCAUGCGCAGAUCGCAAAUGUGUACGUGCGGUUCGUGCCAGACGUGCCGUUCCCCUAGAAGCCUUCUUCUGCCCCUUUUCACGCCUUUUUUCCCUGCGCGGGCACAUGAGGUUGUUUACCUCGCGGACAGCUCCCGGGGGCGCCGGCGCAGCAUUGCCUGGUGUGCUUCGGCGGCGGCAGCAGCAAUGUCGAGACAGAACCGCAUUUAGUACCGGUUCUCUACAUAUGUCCUUCGACUACAGGGACAUGCCCGCAACUUUAUAUUGGCAUUAAUGGAGUUUUGCAAGGAAAGCUCCUUAAAUUCUCUUUCAGGUAACCAAAGUCAACUGGAAAGUAACCUUCUUCUAACAGAUGCCAGAAGUUUGCAUGAGAGGCCCUACCCAGCAUUUCUCAGCAAUCUCAGGGGCGAAAAUAUUCCUUUGGUGGCCUAGCCACCUUAUCUCAUGCUACUAAAGUUGCUGCAUGGUGGCAGAAGUCUUGUCUGGUGCACAUAAAAAGAGCUCUCCUUUUAAUUUCCUAGGAUCAAGGUCCCUCUCUUAUGAGAAGCAACAGCUGUGUAGAAAUGUGGCUCCACUCUGGAUAGCUGUGCAAGCCUGUAAUUGUCUUUGUGUAGAUAACAAGAGAUUGGAGAAGGCAGUAGGCCAAGGAUGACCCUUCUGCUCUCACAGACUUAGUGGGGAGUUGACACAGCUCUGAACAGAACUUUGAGCAGGACUUUUUUUUGACAGGAAAGCUUGGGGAAACCACUGAGAACCUUCUGAAAAUUUUUCCCUUCCUUCUCCUCAAGUCUCUCAGAUGACUGGAUUAUAUUUUGAGCUGCAUUUUUCAAGAAAAAUAAGCUAGGAACUUACAUUUAUGAAAGCAAAAAAGCAUGCCCCAGAAACUCUGCAGAUUGUUGUGUUUAGGCUAAUACAACAGAGCUGUCCUUUGUGAUUUUCUUCAAGGUUUUGCUGAAAAAUGCAACCUCACAUUACACCACUAAUAUACCACUGGUGGGUGGGUGUGUUUAGGCUUUUCUGUGGUGAAGAAAGGCAGAAAAGUUACAUUUAAAAUGGAAAUGUUUACUGUGGUCUUAAUUCCACAGUGACUGUCCCUAUUCCAUAAUUUCCUUCCCAAACCAAUGGAUCCAUGUUUCUUGUUCAUAAGUGGAGAUUUAUCAACAUGACAUUAAACUGUCAUUAAAUUUCUUGCCUUGGGUACUCUGAAGGAAUUAGCAGUUCUUUGUGUGUAACCGAAACUAUUCCAUAUAAGUCCUUAUGGCAUGCUAGUCACUGUAUAUUUGAAUACCCUCCAGUAGUGUGCUAAGCAACGUGACUAACAUCUGUUGUUUGUUCUUUCCUCGUUUCCACAGUGGAGAUGUGUGUGCACUGAAGUGCAUUCUUUUUAAUGGGGUAUUUUGUUUUUUUACCCACACCUGUGUAUUGCUGUGUGUUUCUAAUGGAUAGAAAAAGGUCAUGGAGUGGAAGGUGGGGAAGCUGGAGAUAUUUUGUAGUUCCCAAGGGUGUUUGUUCUGUAGUUUGAGCUGGGCACCAAGGAAGUGUAGUCUUUGCACAGACAAGAUUUGCUGAUCCAUGAACUGACACAGAAACAUGCUAUUCUGUUCAGCUGGCAAAUAGCACGGUCUCAUGCUACACAGACUAUUUCUAUUGUGAACCUUGUAUUCCUCCAGAAGCAGGAUUGAGAGGGACUAACCACAGAGAAAUUGUAUUCACCUUGAAAACAAUGUCUUGGAUCAGAAUGCCAGAUUCCUUUCUGCCAUCUCUGUACAGAGCUUGAAACAACUCAGGUGUCCAAGCAAUACUAAAGUCACCUGCGUCACCACCUCUAACCAAAUUGCAAAAGAAUGUUGCAACUGCUGAUUAAAUAUCCCUUUGAAAAGUU